GCACCCCGACGCCUGCGCCGCCGUUUUGCCAUCCGGUUGGAGGGGAAGCGACGAGUGAAAGUGAAGUGCGCGGAAGUUUGUGGCUUUAAUGUGGCUCUGUUUCGGGAUCUGACCGGGUGGGGUCGACAGCCCCCUGAGCAGCAAAAAUGUUACCAACAACAACAUAUAGUCCCAGCAGUCAGGGGAAUGGUGCCCUAAGUUCUCGGGAAUCUGCACGACAUACAGCUGGAGCCAAGCGAUACAAGUACCUCAGGCGCCUUUUUCGCGUUAAACAAAUGGAUUUUGAAUUUGCUAUGUGGCAGAUGUUGUACCUAUUUACAUCCCCACAGAUGGUAUACAGAAACUUUCAUUACAGAAAACAGACUAAAGACCAGUGGGCCAGAGAUGACCCAGCCUUCCUAGUUUUGCUUAGUAUCUGGUUGUGUGCUUCUACCAUUGGUUUUGGAUUUGUAUUAGGAAUGGGAUUUUUUGAAACAAUAAAGCUUUUACUGUGGGUUGUAUUCAUUGACUGCAUUGGAGUUGGACUACUGAUUGCAACAUUAAUGUGGUUUAUCACCAACAGAUAUUUGAUGAAGCCUCAGAGUAAAGGCUAUGAUGUGGAAUGGGGCUAUGCCUUCGACAUUCAUCUAAAUGCUUUCUAUCCUCUUCUUGUCAUAUUGCAUUUUUUUCAAUUGUUCUUCAUUAACCAUAUCAUUAUUAAAGAUGGACUUGUUGCUUGCUUUGUCGGAAAUAUCUUCUGGUUGGUUGGCAUUGGAUAUUACAUUUACGUUACUUUUCUUGGAUACAGUGCAUUGCCUUUUCUGAAGAACACGGUUGCCCUACUGUACCCAUUUGCACUUCUCAUCAUUUUGUUCCUGCUGUCUCUGGGAUUGGGAUGGAACUUCACCAAAGGACUGUGCUGGUUCUACAAGUACAGAGUGCAGUAAAACACCACACAUGAAGUAUUUGCUGAACAUUGCUUGGUGACAGUGUAUAAAACAGCUUAGACAUUUGUAUAAUUUGUAAAUGUGUUGUACAUACUGAUAAAUAACGAAACAGAUUACAGGAAAAAUCCAAUAUUACUUCUGAUUUGUCCUUUUGAAAUGUUUGAAUUGUGGCAAAUCUUUUUCUACAAGCGUGAAUGGUGGAAUAUUGAAUCCAGCAAUCGGACCAGUUUGUGUAUUUUGUAUUUAUCAAACCUCUUAAUGAAGAGCAUUCCUUUAACAGCACCUGUUCCGGCAGCUUUUCUGAAAAGCAUCUAUUGGGAAGUUAAAAUGAAUAUUUCUUUUGUGUAUUUCUCCACUUUGCCUGAUAAGUUUUUGAACAUAUUUAUACUCAAAUUGGUUUAAUGCAUGAUUAGAAAGAAGAUAUAAUGAGCUAGUUAGGCUGAGCUCAAGAAAGGGUGAGUGAUAGGGCGGAAAGGUUUUUUUAAAAUUUCAAAUUCACUUUUUCCUAAUUUUAGUUCCAACCUUUUUCACUUUUCUGGCUGAUUUAAAACAGGUAUUAGAUUAAGCAAAAUUUAAUUGAAUCCCUAAGCUCUCUAGGAGAACACCUUUACUGUUGUGUCCAUCUCAACCCAUUAUAAAUUGGAUAAUAUUUUGUGGGUGAUUAGAGUCAGCUGGUCAGAUAAUACCAUCACAACAGUGUGUUUUUGUUUUUGGUGAUACAAGUUCUGCAUUUUUAACAAAAAUAAAACAAUAAUGUGAACAAAGUCUUGCUUCUGAUUUCUUAUGUGAAUAUUGUAAGAAUUAAUAUCAAAAACCUGUAGAUACUGGAAAUUAUAUUGAUCAUGAACACAAGAGAUUUUGUUAAUGUAGUGUGUGUUUUUGCACUUACUUUGCAAAAAUGUUUGUUUUUAAUCAUCUUAUUCUCUUACUGGCAGGGAAAUUCACAA